UCUUUCUGUCAUCACUGCCUCAGUGUUUUUUUUUUUUGUUUUUUUUUGCUAGGGGGGCGGUGUGGCAAGCGCUGAAGAUCCCCCCCCCCCCCAACCCCCCGUUCUUUUCGCCUAUCAGUGAUGCAGUGAUUCCAUUAAAAAAAAAAGAGAAGGGCUACGCGGAGCAUCUUUUAGCGAAGCACAGUGGACGGGGUACCGCCGAAGGGUUUUCUAGAGGUAAUGAAACUUUAAGCUUUGAUAGAUGUAAAGGUGCCAGUGACUAGAACUCGCGUCACGUUAUUCGCGAAGCGUUAUAAAUAAGGGCUAAUGUGUGUGAUGCAGAAGGAGGACUUGGAGACACACGGUGGUGAUCCGGCGAGUGGGAUCUAGUGCAGCCCUGUUGGGACGGAGGCGAAGCCAGGAGCCCUGAGCAAUGACUUCGACCGCUGCCUGCCGGAUCUGACCAAGUGGCUCGGGCGGAACCCUCAGCGGCGUCGGGUUCGAGAGGACGGAACCAGCACCAUGUCCCAAACCCAAGGAAAGGAAUUCAUGGAUACGUUCGUCAGCAACACGUGCAGUUUCUAAAAAAAAGUACCUGGAUUAUAAACUGAACGGGAGGAGGGGGGGGUGGAAAAAAGAAAACGAAGGACGAUAGGGGAUAAGAUUAUCAUCUGGUAUAAAGGGCGCAGUCUUUUUUAACGGAAAAAAUAUAUUGAGAUGGUGUCGUGUGAUGAUGUCUUCUGUUGUCGGAGGCCACCUGACUUGUAGGUUAAAUUGGCAGGGAUGCAAAUGAAGCCUUUAAUCUAUGUUUACACAAAUAGUUUUAAUAGUCGCUUAUUGCACAACAGGGAAUCCUAUUGUGUUGCACUUUAGUUUUCGUUGGUCUUCCGACUGAGUACCUAUUUUUCUUCAGCUGUUUUAAAAAAAUAAAAUAAAUCAUGGUGCUUGCGGUGAGACACGGGGCCCACUUGAUCUGGGUGAGCCUGCUCGUGUGCUGCGCCGUGGACCUGGGCGCGAGCUUGGAGUUCACGGGUGCCGAGGGCCAGUGGGCGCGCUUCCCGGUAUGGAACGCGUGCUGCGAGAGCGAGAUGAGCUUCAACAUGAAGACCAAGAGCUCCCACGGGCUGCUCGUCUACUUCGACGACGAAGGCUUCUGCGACUUCCUGGAGCUACUCAUCCACAACGGCAGGCUGAGCCUGCGCUUCUCCAUCUUCUGCGCCGAGCCCGCCGCGGUGCUCUCCGACACGGCCGUCAAUGACAGCCGGUGGCACGCCGUCACCGUGCGCAGGAACUUCAAAAACACCACGCUCACCGUGGACAAAGAGACCAAAUGGGUGGAGGUGAAAUCCAAACGGCGGGACAUGACCGUCUUCAGCCACUUAUUUCUAGGAGGGAUACCGCCCGAACUGCGAUCCAUGGCCUUAAAACUGACUUCUGCAGCUGUGAAGGACCAGGUCCCCUUUAAAGGGUGGAUAACGGACCUGCGGGUGAACAACUCGGAGCCGGUGCUCCUCAACAGCGAGGGAGUCCGAAAUGAUGGGUGUGGCGCCUCGAACGUGUGUUUAAACGGAGGGGUGUGCAGCGUCAUCAAUGACGAGCCCACGUGCGACUGCUCGGAGACGGGCUACCAGGGGAAAGACUGCAGUGAAGAAGACAACUAUGUUGAAGGUCUUGCGCACCUGAUGAUGGGCGACCAAGGUAAAAGUAAAGGGAAGGAAGAGUAUGUGGCCACCUUCCGGGGUUCGGAGUACUUCUGCUAUGACCUGUCCAUGAACCCCAUCCAGAGCAGCAGCGAUGAGAUCACGCUGUCCUUCAAGACGCUGCAACGCAAUGGCCUCAUGCUCCACACGGGCAAAUCAGCUGAUUACGUCAACCUGGCGCUGAAAAACGGCGCCGUCUCACUCGUCAUUAAUUUGGGCUCGGGGGCCUUCGAAGCUCUGGUGGAGCCGGUGAAUGGGAAAUUUAAUGACAAUGAUUGGCAUGAUGUCAAAGUAACACGGAAUCUCCGUCAGCACUCAGGCAUUGGACACGCUAUGGUAACAAUAUCCGUUGAUGGCAUUCUCACCACCACUGGAUAUACGCAAGAGGACUACACCAUGCUAGGCUCCGAUGACUUUUUCUAUGUCGGAGGCAGUCCUAGUACAGCGGAUUUGCCCGGAUCACCCGUUAGCAACAACUUUAUGGGUUGUCUGAAGGAGGUUGUGUAUAAAAACAAUGAUGUGCGGUUGGAGCUGUCCAGACUGGCCAAGCAAGGGGACCCAAAGAUGAAGAUUCAUGGUGUGGUGGCCUUCAAGUGUGAGAAUGUAGCCAAUCUGGACCCGAUCACUUUUGAGACGCCCGAGUCCUUCAUCACACUGCACAAGUGGAACGCCAAGAAGACAGGUUCCAUCUCCUUUGACUUCCGCACCACAGAGCCCAAUGGCUUGUUGCUAUUCAGCCAUGGCAAGCCUAAGCAGCAGAAGGACAACAAGAACCCACAGACGCUUAAAGUGGACUUCUUCGCCAUUGAGAUGCUGGAUGGCCACCUCUACUUAUUGCUAGACAUGGGCUCUGGCACAACCAAGACCCGAGCCGUCAAUAAGAAGGUCAAUGAUGGCGAGUGGUACCACGUGGAUUUCCAGCGGGAUGGAAGAUCAGGAACUAUCUCCAUUAAUACGCUACGCACGGCCUACACAGCCCCAGGUGAGAGCGAAAUUCUGGACCUGGAUGACAACCUGUACCUGGGGGGCUUGCCAGAGAACCGGUUGGGCCUCAUCUUCCCCACCGAGGUGUGGACAGCACUGCUCAACUAUGGCUAUGUGGGCUGUGUGCGUGACCUCUUCAUCGACGGACAGAGCAAGGAUGUGCGGCGCAUGGCAGAGGCACAGAAGGCUGCAGGGGUCAAGCCCUCGUGCACCAAGGAGCCGCCAAAGCAGUGCCUGAGCAACCCUUGUCAGAACAACGGUGUGUGCCGCGAGGGCUGGAACCGCUACGUGUGCGACUGCUCUGGUACCGGAUUUCUGGGCCGUUCCUGCGAGAGAGAAGCCACCAUCCUGAGCUACGACGGCAGCAAGUUCAUGAAGAUCCACCUGCCAGUGGUAAUGCACACAGAGGCAGAGGAUGUGUCGUUGCGCUUCCGUUCUCAGCGGGCCUACGGUAUCCUUAUGGCCACCACGUCUCGUGACUCUGCUGACGCCCUGCGCCUGGAGCUGGACGCAGGACGCGUCCGGCUCACUGUCAACCUAGACUGUAUCAGGAUUAACUGUACCUCCAGCAAAGGUCCGGAGACCAUUUUUGCUGGCUAUAAUCUGAAUGAUAACGAGUGGCACACAGUGCGUGUGGUCAGGAGAGGAAAGAACCUGAAGCUCACCGUGGAUGAGUUGCAGCCCGUGGAAGGUCAAAUGGCGGGUGACCACACACAGCUGGAGUUCCACAACAUUGAGACAGGCAUCGUGACUGAGAAGCGGUAUAUGUCGGUGGUGCCCUCUAAUUUCAUCGGCCACCUGCAGAGCCUUAUCUUCAAUGGUAUGGCCUAUAUUGACCUCUGCAAGAAUGGCGACAUUGACUACUGCGAGCUCAACGCCAUGAUUGGCUACAAGAUCAUCAUCGCCGACCCGGUGACCUUCAAGUCCCGCUCUAGCUAUGUAGCGCUGAGCACUCUGCAGGCCUACUACACCAUGCAUCUCUUCUUCCAGUUCAAGACCACCUCCUCGGAUGGGCUCAUCCUUUACAACAGUGGCGAUGGAAAUGACUUCAUUGUGGUGGAACUGGUCAAGGGGUACCUGCACUAUGUGUGGGACUUGGGCAACGGGGCGCACCUUAUCAAGGGUAACUCCAACAAGCCGCUCAACGACAACCACUGGCACAACGUGAUGAUCUCCCGUGACGGCAACAACCUGCACACGGUCAAGAUUGACACCAAGGUCACCACACAGACUUCCACGGGGGCCAAGAACCUGGACCUGAAAGGUAACUUGUUCAUCGGAGGAGUCGCCAAGGAGGUGUACCGGGACCUGCCCAAACUGGUUCACGCCAAAGAGGGCUUCCAGGGGUGCCUGGCGUCAGUGGACUUGAAUGGACGCCUUCCGGACCUGCUUUCGGACGCCCUGGCUUGCGUGGGCCAGAUCGAAAGGGGGUGCGAAGGCCCCAGCACCACCUGCCAGGAGGACUCAUGCGCCAACCAGGGCAUUUGCCUGCAGCAGUGGGAGGGCUUCACCUGCGAUUGCAGCAUGACUUCCUUCAGCGGACCCCUGUGCAACGACGCGGGAACAACGUACAUUUUCGGGCGGGACGGUGGUCUGAUCAUCUACACGUGGCCGCCGAACGACCGGCCAAGCACGCGGGCGGACCGCCUGACAGUGGGCUUCAGCACGCAGUUGAAGGAUGCGGUGCUGGUGCGGGUGGACAGCUCCUCUGGACUUGGGGACUACCUGCAGCUACAUAUCGAAAAGGGAAAUAUUGGAGUUGUAUUUAAUGUUGGAACGGAUGACAUUAAUAUUGAAGAAACUACAAAGUUUGUAAAUGAUGGGAAGUACCACAUAGUGCGAUUUACACGGAGUGGCGGUAACGCCACACUACAGGUGGAUGACCUACCUGUCAUUGAGCGGUAUCCCACAGGCAACAAUGAUAACGAACGCCUGGCGAUUGCUAGACAGCGAAUCCCAUAUCGACUUGGUCGAGUAGUUGACGAAUGGCUACUCGACAAAGGCCGUCAGCUCACUAUCUUCAACAGCCAAACCACCAUAAAGAUUGGGGGCAGGGACCGCAGCCGGCCAUUCCAGGGCCAGCUCUCUGGCCUGUACUACAACGGGCUCAAAGUGUUCAACAUGGCCGUGGAAGGUGACCCCAACAUCAAGAUUGAGGGCAGCGUGCGUCUGGUGGGCGAGUCGCCCUCGCCCAUCACGCCACAGUCCAGCGCAACAUCCAACCGUUCGGAAACUUCCACCUCCAUCGUAGAGAUCACCACAACGACGGCCUCCAGUCGCCAAGGGAAGCAGCCGACGCCCAGAGAGCACCAGCAGACGACGGACGACGUGGUGGUGGCCUCAGCCGAGUGUCCGAAUGACGAUGAGGACAUUGACCCGUGUGAGCCGAGCUCAGGUGGGUUAGCCAGCCCCACAGGUUCCGGAGGAAGGAGCUUCUCGGGUCCUUCGGAAGUGAUCCGGGAGUCGAGCAGCACCACGGGCAUGGUGGUGGGCAUCGUUGCGGCUGCCGCGCUCUGCAUCCUCAUUCUUCUGUACGCCAUGUACAAGUACCGCAACCGCGACGAGGGCUCUUACCACGUGGACGAGAGUCGCAACUACAUCAGCAACUCGGCGCAGUCCAACGGCACCGUGGUGAAGGAGAAGCCAGCCAAUAGUGCCAAGAGCUCCAGCAAGAACAAGAAGAACAAAGACAAGGAAUACUACGUGUGAACCUGUACUCCAAAUGCCUUUGCAGGACCACAGACUCAAAGGAAAGGCGAAGAGAAGAGCCACAUAUGUACAUGAAUGACACAUAAACUAAGAAAAUUUAAAAAGAAAAAAAAAAAAACACAAAAACAUUUAGUCUUCAAUUUAUUAAAGACGUGGUAUACUGAAAAACAACGUGAAAUAAAGGAACGAUUUUUAUUGAAGCACAUUACCCUAUAAGUUGAAAGGUAACCCUAAAAACAACGUAAAGACUGAGAUAAACGCGAAGAAAAGAGAUCCGCCAACAAGGAACGGACCGAAGCGGAAAGGAAAAAACCCGUCGAUAAAAGAAGGAUAUAACUCUCGCGUACUUGAAGAGCGGAACUACCACUCAAUCGUCCAACUAGCAGGAUAUUGACAUGUCACUCUCUCGUUUCUGGGAAACAGGUGGGGGGGUGGGG